AUCAUAAGUUAGUAAUCUAGUUUAUUAUCUGUAUCUGUGGUAAAUCCAUAAUAGGAAAAUAUGAGUAUUUUUUUUUUAAGUUCGUAACUGAAGUUAGGGACAUUUUGAGUUAAUUUUUUACUAAAAAAAUUAUAUUAAUCAUAGCUAACAUCAACUUUACAUUUGUAAACAUUCAAAAUGGCGCAAUAAACAAAUAGACUGUAUCGAUAAGAUUUUUUAACCGCCGGAAUUUCGGUAAUAUUUUUGUAAAAAGUAAUAAUUAGUAUUUUUUAGAGAAUGAGUAAUGUAUUUUUGUAAUGUGUUAUGCAAUGAAUGUUAAUCUAUGAUAUGUGUUUAAAAAACACUUAUUUGUCAAAUAAAAUGUGUAUUAUUUUUGUGUGCUAUUUUCAAUAACUUGGAAUAUUUGAAUUCAAAAUGAAACUUUGGUAUUACCUAUUAUGGAUUACGGUUUUUUCAAGCAUAAAAACAAUCUGCAGUUCAAUUAAUAUUGAUGUUACUGGAGAAUCAUCUUAUAUGUGCCAAAAAAAUCAAUUUAAAUGUGGUUCUGGUGAAUGUAUACCUUUGAAAUGGAAAUGUGAUUUCAGUCCCGACUGUUCUGAUGGUUCUGAUGAAUAUAGUUUUUGUGGUACUCCAAUUUGUAAACAUAAUCAAUUUCAAUGUUCUUUGUCUGAAAAGUGUAUUCCACGAGAAUGGAUAUGUGAUGGUGAAUUUGACUGUGGAAUGGCUUUGAAUUCAACAACAGAUUUAGAUAAAUCAGAUGAAGAUUCUUUGUAUUGUCAGAAACCAGGAAGUUGCCCUCCUAAUAUGGCGCGGUGUGGUAAUUCUUCAAAAUGUGAAUACAUCGAAGUAUUUUGUGAUGGUACUACUCAUUGUGAAAAUAGUACAGAUGAAGGCACAUUUUGUGAAAAUAUGGUUCCAUGUCAUGGUUUAAAUUGUACACAUGGAUGUAAACCAACUGGAAAAGGUCCUGCUUGUUUUUGUCCAGAAGGAAUGAAACCUCAUAAAAAUGAAUGUUUAGAUAUGGAUGAAUGUGAAGUUUUGGAUUAUUCCUGUGAUCAAACAUGUACAAAUAUUAAAGGGUCCUAUAGUUGUAGUUGUGUACCAGGUUAUAUUCAGAAAAAUUCAAAUUGCAAAGCAAUAAAUGUUCCAGAAUCUGAACCACCUACUAUAUUCGUUAGUACUUCUAAAGAUAUAAGACGAAUGUAUCUAAAUGGAACUUCCUAUACUGGUUCAAAAUGUGAUGUUCAAGCAUUAUCAUUCACAUUUGACCAUAGAAAUCAAUCAAUUUGUUUUAUUCAUCAGUAUAAUAAAACAAUAGCAAAACUUAGUUGUGCAAAAAUUACAAAUAUUUCUGAGUUUUGGGAUUUACCUUCACCGAAUAUUUAUCAUUUGUUAGCAACAACACAUGUAGCACUAGAUUGGGUAUCAGGUAAUUGGUAUUAUGUUGAUGAUGAUCGAGAUAUGAUUUACAUGUGUACUUCUACUAUGCAGUAUUGCAAUAUUCUGAUCAAUAUUAAUUUAAAUAGACCAAGGAGUAUUGCACUUGAUCCUACAAAAGGAUACAUGUUUUUUACAAAAUGGGGACAAUUUCCUGCUAUGGUUGAAAGAGCUUAUUUGAAUGGUCAAGGAAGACAGUCAUUGGUGGAUCAUAAAGUAGUAUAUCCAUAUGGGUUAACUGUAGAUAUUCCAUCAGAACAUGUAUACUGGGUGGAUACUUAUUUAGAUUUUGUUGACAGAAUUAACUAUGAUGGUACUAACAGAAAGACUAUACAAAAAGGAUUUCCUGUUAUUAAUUUAUAUGAUAUAUCUGUAUUUGAAAACUACUUAUAUGUAACAUCGUGGAGGUUACAAGGUGUUAUAAAAUUAAACAAAUUUAAUAGCAGUAGCUAUGAAUCAUUAGUUACCAAUUCUAGUCGUCCUUUUACUAUUCAUGUGUAUCAUAGACAAACUCAACCAGAAAUGAUUCAUCCUUGUAUGAAUGAUAACGGUGGCUGUGAUCAUAUUUGUAUAACAGCAUAUAAAGAUAAAAAACCUAUUGCUCAUUGUUUAUGUCAACCAGGUUUCCAACAAAUAUCUGGAAAGUGUAUUUCUUUUAAAUUAUCAGCUUUUUUAAUUUUUGGAAAAAGUAAUCCUCCUAUGAUAAAAGGCAUUUCAAUGAACCCCCAAAAAUAUCAAGCACAAAUAAUCUUACCAUUAAUAGAAGGUCGAAUGCCAACUUCAAUAGACUAUGAUGUGAAGACAAAAUCAAUUUAUUACUCUGGUGGAAAAAAUAAUGGUAUUGAACGAAUUAAAUUGAAUGGUACAAAAAGUGAAUCUAUUAAGAAAUUACCAGAUAUGAAUUGUGAAGGAUUAGCUAUUGAUUGGAUAGGUCGAAAUUUAUUUUGGGUUGAUGAAAGCUUAGGUACUGUUAACAUUUUCAAAUUAGAUGAUCCUUCUAAACAAAGAAUUUUAGUAUCUAAUAAGUUAUAUCACCCAAGAUCAAUUGUUCUAGAUCCUAAAAAUGGAUUUAUGUAUUGGGGCAAUUGGCCUCAAAGCCAAUCUAAAGAAGGUAGUAUUGAAAGAGCUUGGAUGGAUGGUAGUAAUCAAAUUAAUUUUGUAAAAACUAAUGUUCAUUGGCCUAUGGCAUUAACAUUAGACCUUUUUACUAGAAGAUUGUAUUGGUCAGAUAUUUAUUAUAAUAAAAUAGAAUAUAUUGAUUUUGAUGGAAUCAACAGAGUAUUAGUACAAAAGUUAACUUCUUAUUCUUAUGGUGUUGCAUUUUAUAAUAAUCUACUAUUUUGGACUGAAACUGAUACCAUGAAAGUUUUAAUUAAAAGUUAUAAUUUAACUAAUAAAACUUAUGAAACUUAUGAAGUUGAAAAUCCACAAAUACUCUCGUUGAAAGUUUAUGACAGUGAAACUCAAGUGAAAACAUCUACAAACUGGUGUGAAAAUGAAGAUCUUUGUUCUGGAAUGUGUAUUAUUACCCCAAAUGGACCCAUUUGUUUGUGCAAUGAUGGUUAUAUCUUAAAAACAAGUGCUGAUAAAAAACAAGAAUGUGUAAAAUCUAGCAACUAUUCUGAAAUUGAUAAUUGUGGGUUAGAUGAUUUUCAUUGUUUUGUAAACAAACAGUGUAUACCAAAAAAAUUAUUGUGUAAUGGAGAUAAUGAUUGUGGUGAUGGUUCGGAUGAAGAUUACAUUAAUGGACCAUGCAAAAAUGUUACUUGUCCUCAAGACAAUUUUUUAUGUGAUCAUAACAAAUGUAUUUCUAAGUUUUGGGUAUGUGAUGGGGAUUAUGAUUGUGAUGACAAAAGUGAUGAAAAGCUGGAAUUAUGUAUUCCAUGUUUAAGUACUCAGUUUUCUUGUGCAAAUACACGAAGAUGUAUACCAUAUUCUUGGGUUUGUGAUGGAACAUUUGACUGUGGUGAAGGAGACACUUCUGAUGAACAUCAAUAUUGUGAAAUUCAUACUUGUCAAAAUACUGAAUUCACAUGUAAAAAUGGACGUUGUAUCUCUUAUGAAUACAUUUGUAAUAUGGAAGAUAAUUGUGGUGAUGGGUCUGAUGAAACCAUGUGUAGUCUUUGUCCAGGACAAUUUUUUUGUGCAAAGAAUAAUACUUGCAUACCAUUAACAAAAAAGUGUGAUGGAACUAUUGAUUGUGAUGGCGCUCUAGAUGAAUUGAAUUGUGUUGGGUUACAUACUUCCUUAAAUGUUUGUUCAAAUGAUGAAUUUCUAUGUACUAAUUCUACCGGUUUUUGUAUUGAUGAGCGCUAUGUUUGUGAUGGGUUGCCUGAUUGCCCUGAUAAUAGUGAUGAAAAAAAUUGCACUUCUAUGAAAAAUUGUAGUAGUAAUGCAUGCAAUGUACACAAAGAUGAUUUUGUUUUCUCAAAUUGUUCGUAUCCCAAUCAUUCCUGUGAUAACAAUACAUUAUGUCUAUUGCCAGAUUUCUUAUGUGAUACUAAAAAUGAUUGCUUAGAUGGUUCAGAUGAAAGCGGACAGUGUGUUGAAAAUCUAUGUGAAACUGCGUCUGAAUGUUCACAUAUUUGUAAGAACAGUCCAAAUGGAUUUAUUUGUCUUUGCCCUGAAAAUAUGAAUCUUCAACCUGAUGGAGUAACUUGUUCAAUUAUUAGUCCUUGUAGUUGGGGCAGUUGCUCCCAAAUUUGUGUACAAAUUGGCAAAUAUGGACACAAAUGUUCUUGCAAAAGUGGUUUUUCAUUGUCUGCUGAUAAAUUUACUUGUAAAAGUAUCAACAAAAGUCAGUAUACUCCUCUAAUAAUUUUUAGCAAUAAACAUGAGAUACGAAGUAUUGAUUUAACAACAAGAGAUGCUAAGUCAAUGAUUUCUAAUCUUAAAAAUACUGUCAAUUUAGAUUUUUAUCAAGCAAAAAAUGGAUUUGAUAUUUUAUAUUGGACUGAUGUAAAAGAAGAUAAAAUUUUUAAAGGGACAUUAAUUGGUGGUUCUUUAAGUGAUAUUGAAAUAGUUGUUCAAAGUGGUUUAACGUUAGCUGAAGGUCUUGCUGUUGAUUGGGUAGCUAGUAAUUUAUAUUGGAUUGAAAGUAAUUUAGACCAAAUAGAGGUAUCUAAACUGAAUGGAAGUUUCCGUAAGAGUUUAAUUGCUGGUGACAUGGAGAGUCCAAGAGCUAUUGCAAUUGACCCAAGAUAUGGAUAUUUAUUUUGGACUGAUUGGGAUUCAUCAGCUCCUCGGAUUGAACGCUGUAGUAUGGCUGGCGAAUUUCGGAAAGUUAUUGUUUACAUUAAUCUAUUUGAAGAUGGAGAAUGGCCCAAUGGCUUGACUUUAGAUUAUGAUUUAGAUAGAAUCUACUGGAUUGAUGCAAAAUCGGAUUCCAUACAUACAGUUGACUACAAUGGAAAAGAUCAUCAUCAAGUUCUAAAAGGGCAUGCACUUCUCUCACAUUCAUUUUCAAUCACACUUUUUGAAAAUGAUGUGUAUUGGACUGAUUGGCGUAGCAAUUCUGUGAAUAAGGCAAACAAAUGGACUGGAACUAAUGUAACUGUUAUUCAACAUACAACAACACAGCCUUUUGAUGUGAAAAUUUUGCACCCAAGACGUCAACCCAAGGUUGAUUACAACCCAUGUGAAGUUAAUAAUGGGAAUUGUUCUCAUUUAUGUUUAUUGAGUAUAAAUUUUACUUAUAAAUGUGAUUGUCCACAUGUAAUGCAAUUGUCAAAGGAUAAUCAUACGUGUAUUGUGAAUGAAGUGAUUUUAUUAUUUGCACAAAAUAAUGAGAUUCGUGGUGUUGACAUGGAUCAGCCUUAUUACAAUACAAUUCCUACAUUGCUUUCUUAUGAAACAGAAAUUCUUUUAAAUAUUCAGAUAGAUUUUGUAUCUUUGGAUAAACAAAUUUAUUGGUCUGAUUACUCAAACAAUGAAAUAAAAAGAUCAAGUUUAUUUGGCGGAACCCCAGAAGUUAUUUUAGAUACAGGAAUUCACAAACCUCAUGGUUUUUCUAUUGACUGGACAGCUAGAAAUAUGUUUAUUGCUGUGAGUUCUGAUCAACAAUAUUUCAAUGAAGAAAACAGUUCGGGUGUUAAUUUGAUUGUAGUUUGCAAUCUUAAUGGAGAGUAUUUUACCAUCUUAUACUCUAGUGACUGGACUGAUAAAAAUAAUAAUAGAACUGUAGAAAUUGGCUCAUUAACUGUUCUACCACAAGAAGGAAAAUUAUUUUGGGUUCAAUCUAUGGCUAGUGGACAUCACAAUAUUAUUAUGUCUAACAUGAAUGGCACAUCUUAUUCCAUAAUUUUUUCAGAAAAAAUAAUACCUUUUGUGUCUGGAUUUACAAGCUUAACCAUUGAUCAAGAAACCAAUACAUUAUACUGGGUUAAUAUUGAUAAACAUUUAAUUCAAUCAUAUAGUAUACAUGACUCAAAAGUUAAUAAACCUUUAAAAUUGCCAGAAGGAAGUAAUCCAUCUUCUAUUGCACUGUACAAAAGUAAUAUUUAUUAUGUGGACAAUAAAUUAAUGAAUAUUAGAGUGGCAAAUAAAAUAACUGGUGAAGGAAAUUCUUUGUUUCGUAAUUUAACUGCAGAUGUAUAUGCUUUAAGAUUAUAUGAUCCAUCAAUACAAAUUGAUACUAAUUUAUUCUGUUCAAAACAUAGAGGCUUUUGUUCGCAUUUAUGUUUACCAAUAUCUUCAAAAGAUAGACUUUGCCAAUGUGCUAUUGGCUUUACAAUAGAUACUAGUGAUAAUACAAAAUGUAUUGGAAUCGAUGAAUUUUUGUUAUACGCUGUAGAAUCAGAAAUUAAGGGUGUAUCAUUAAUAAUAAAUGAUACUAGUCCAGUUUUAGGUCCUUUGUCAAAAACUUCAAUGGCAACUAGUAUAGAUUUUUAUGAUGACUAUAUAUACUGGUCUGAUGACGAACAAGGAACUGUAACGAGAAUAAAACGUGAUGGAACUAGCAGACAAAUAAUUGUUAAUCAUAAAAAUUCUGGAGAACUUAGGCAAGGCACUUGGGUUUCAGGUAUUUGUAUUGAUUGGAUUUCUGGUCAUAUUUACUGGGCAAAUCCUAUUUUGAACAUUAUACAAGUUGCCUAUCUAAAUGGAUCAAAUGCUUUUAUUGUGAUAGAUGGUAAAGAAACUAUGGAACAUCCUAAUUCUCUUGCUGUUGAUCCUAAAAAAGGUUUCCUUUUUUGGAGUAUAAGACGUUAUCAUGGAAUUUACCGAUCUACACUUGAUGGUAAUAAUAUAAAAAAUGUUGUAUUUUACAAAGAUAGAUCAUACAUUGAAGAUAUAACACUAGAUGAUAAAAAUCAUAAAAUAUAUUUUUGCCAAAAAAGUUUAAUUGGACGCUGUAAUUAUGAUGGUGCUGAAUAUGAAAUUUUAUAUGAAGACAAAAAUAUUAAUCCAGUCAGUUUAGUUGUACAUGAUGAAAAUUUGUAUUGGCUUGGUCUAGCUCAAGUAAAAGGUUCAUCUUCAUUAAUGAUUUCUCCUAUUGGUAAUUUAUCUAAUACUAAGGAGUUAAUACAGGAUUUAGGUGAACACCCUAAGGAUGUUCAAAUUUUUUCGAAAUUUCGCCACCAAGGAACUAAUGAAUGUGCCAAAAAUAAUGGAGGUUGUCAUGAAUUGUGUUUGUUUAAUGGAACAUAUAGUGUUUGUGUUUGUUCCAAAGGUAUUAUUAAUGAUGAUGGCAAAUCAUGUGAUGAUUAUAAAACUUUUGUUAUGUAUUCUGAAGUUAAUAAAAUAGCGAGCAUCAAUAUUUCAGAAAACCCAAAUAUUAUAACUCCAUUCAGAGUAAUAGAAUCAAAAUUAUAUGUGCAAAAUGUAAUUGCAGUAUCAUUUGAUUAUCAAAGAUCUUUAUUAUUUUAUUCUGAUAUUCAACGUGGCACCAUUGAUGCAAUACACUUUAAUGACACUGGACAUCGAGUUAUAGCUGAACAUCAAGGCUCUGUAGAAGGACUUGAUUAUGAAAAUAUUCAUAAUAUGCUUUAUUGGACCAAUGGCAAUGCUACAAUAAGCCGUAUAAAUCUUAAUGAUCCAAAUGCUAAACCUGAAGUAGUUUUAAAAUUAAGUCAAUCUGAUAGACUCCGAGGAAUUGCAAUUGAUAGUUGUGAAUUACGUAUGUAUUGGACUAAUUGGAAUAAUUUAAAACCUAGUAUACAAAGAGCUUCUUUAAAUGGAUACAUGAUAGAAACUAUUAUAGGUACUGAUAUUCAAAUUCCAAAUGCUCUCACAAUAGAUCAUGUCGCUCAAAAAAUUUAUUGGGGUGAUGCAAAAUUGGACAAAAUAGAACGUUGUGAAUAUGAUGGGACUAAUCGUGUUGUUCUAGCAGAAUUGUAUCCUCAACAUCCAUUUGAUAUUGCUGUUUAUGGUGAUCAUUUCUUUUGGACAGAUUGGAUGUUACAUGCAGUAUUACGUGCUGAUAAAUAUACAGGAGAAAAUGUUGCAUGGUUAAGAAAAGAUAUAAUAAGGCCUAUGGGAAUAGUAGCUAUUUCAAAUAACACUAAUGACUGUUUUAAAAACCCAUGUCGCAUAAAUAAUGGUGAUUGUGAAGAUAUUUGUCGUUUAGACAUAAAGGGUGAUAUUGAAUGUUCAUGUCAUAAUGGCCGUACACUUUUAUCAGAUAAAAAAAGAUGUAUUAAGAACUCAAACAACGUUAAAAAAAAUUGUUCAAAAAAUGAAUUUGCUUGUUCUUCCUUUGGUUGUGUGCCUAUAGAAAACACUUGUGAUAGUAUACAACAUUGCCAAGAUGGAUCUGAUGAAGAUUAUAAAUAUUGUGCAACCAGAACUUGUCCUGAUGAAUUUUUUUCCUGUCAAGGAUUUAUAACUCGUUGUUUUUCUAACAAGCGAAAAUGUGAUGGUCAUAUUGAUUGUUUAAAAGAUGGUUCUGAUGAAAUUGAUUGUACAUGUCAAAAUUCUACAUAUUUCCGUUGCAAAUCAAAUGAAUGUAUUGCUCCAAAUUUACUUUGUGAUGGCGAUCCAGAUUGUAGUGAUGCAAGUGAUGAAGUUGGAUGUGAACAAACUUCUUGUGAACAUUUUUCUAAUGCUACAUUGAUAAGCUGUAAUACAACAACUGCUUGCAUACAUCCUUCAUGGAUUUGUGAUGGUUAUAAUGAUUGCUGGGAUAAUAAUGAUGAAAAAAAUUGUUCCUCGUAUAAAACUAUAUUACCAUCAAAAAAUAAUUGUUUAGUUGGCGAUUUUAAAUGUUCAAAUGGUAAAUGUAUAAACAAAAAUUGGGUGUGUGAUGGUGAUGAUGAUUGUGGUGAUUCGUCAAAUACUUUAAUACCUCCAACUGAUGAAAGAAAUUGUUCUAUUAAAUGCAAACCAUCUGAAUUUCACUGUAAAACUAAAAUGGAAACUUUUGAAUGUUUACCAGCUUCAUGGCAAUGUGAUGGAACUCUUGAUUGUAGUGAUGGAUCUGAUGAACCAAAAAAUUGUUUAAACAGAAAUUGUUCAAUCAGCGAUUUUCAUUGUAACAAAACUGGUAGAUGUAUUCCUUUUUCGUGGGUAUGUGACAAAGACAAUGAUUGUGGUGAUGCUUCUGAUGAGAAUGAUGAAGAAUGUAAAUUUUAUAACAAAACCUUGUGUCCUCUUGAUCAGUUCCAAUGCUUAAACAAAAGAUGUAUUUUUCAAGAAUAUUACUGUGAUGGACAUAAUGAUUGCGGUGAUAAUUCUGACGAACCAGAAAAAUGUAAAGUAUGUAAUCCUGAUAAUGAAUUUAUUUGUGAAAAUGGUGUUUGUAUAUUACAUUCUGAUGUUUGUAAUGGUAAAAAUGAUUGUGGUGAUAAUUCUGAUGAAAAUUUGCAUAUAGAGGAAUGUAAGAAUUAUAAGAAUGAAAAUUGUUUGUGGCCUAAUAAUUUUUUUUGCUAUAACAAAAUUUGUAUUAAUGCUAGUCUCACAUGUAAUGGUCAAAAUGAUUGUGGAGAUUUCAGCGAUGAAGAUAAAUGCAACAUCAAUGAGUGUCUUUUAGAAAAUGUGACUAAUGUGUUCCGCCCAUGUGAUCAUAUAUGUAUAGACCGUCCAGUUGGUUAUGAAUGUCAAUGUUUUCCUGGUUAUAAAGUGGUUGGGUCUGUAUGUCAUGAUAUCAAUGAAUGUAAUUCAACUGAGAUCAUAAAACCAUGUGAUCAAAUAUGUUUCAAUACUAUUGGCUCUUAUAAAUGUAACUGUUUGGCUGGUUAUAAUUUAUUACCUGAUGGUCAAUCAUGCAAAGCUUCAACAAUUGAGAAGCCUGCAAUUAUUUUUGCAAAUAAAUAUUAUCUAAAAAAAAUUGAUUUAAGAGGUGUUGAAAAUGAAAUAUUAGUGGAUAACUUGACAAAUGCUGUUGCUAUCGACUAUGAUUUUUCAGAAAAUUGUUAUUACUGGUCUGACAUCACUAAUCAAGGAAGCACAAUUAAACGAAUCUGCAAUAAUAAAAUUUCUGAGCGUUUGCAUGGACCAGCAAUUUACAGCCCUGAUGGGAUUGCUGUUGACUGGAUAGCUAAAAAUUUGUAUUGGUGUGAUAAAGGUAAAGACACAAUUGAAGUAUCUAAAUUAAAUGGACAAUUUAGGAAAGUCCUAAUUAAUAAAGGGCUUCAAGAACCCAGAGCCAUUACUUUAGACCCAAUUCAUGGCUACAUGUACUGGUCUGAUUGGGGUGAAGUACCCCAUAUUGGUAAAGCUGGAAUGGAUGGCAGUAAUCCAAAAGUGAUAGUAAAUGAUACCCUUGGCUGGCCCAAUGCAUUAGCUAUAAGUUUAGCAACAGAAGAAUUAUUUUGGGCUGAUGCGAAAGAAGAUUAUAUUGCCUAUUCAGAUUUAAAUGGUUAUAAUAAGAAAAUAGUCAUGAGUAGAAAGAUGAAUCCUACAGUCAAUUUACACCAUGUAUUUGCUAUCACAUUGUUUGAAAGUUAUAUUUAUUGGUCAGAUUGGGAAACAAAAACUAUUCAUAGAUGUCAUAAAUAUUCUGGCUUGGAAUGUCAAAAUGUUACAUCUCUUAUUCAUAAGCCAAUGGAUAUUAAAAUUGUUCAUCCAUUACUACAACCAUCAAGAACUUAUAAUCCAUGUGAGAAAAAUAAUGGAGGCUGUAAAGCUCUUUGCCUUAUUUCUCCAUCUUUAGGUAGAACUUGUGCAUGUCCACAAGAUUUCAUUUUAGCACCAGAUAACAUGAAUUGUAUUGCAAAUUGUUCAUCAUCUUAUUUUGUGUGUGCCAAUACUUUUAAAUGUAUACCUUUUUGGUGGCACUGUGAUAAACAUGAUGACUGUGGUGAUAGAUCUGAUGAACCUGCCAAUUGUACUGAUUUUCAUUGUACACCAGGGCAAUUCCAAUGUAACAACAAUCAAUGUAUUCAUCCUUCACAAAUUUGUAAUGGUAUAUCUGAUUGUACAGAUAGUUCUGAUGAAGAAGAUUGUGAAAAUUAUACAUGUCUUGAUACAGAUUUUAAAUGCCAUUAUGGUACCAACACUUCAUCAAUACCUGUUUGUAUAUCUAAUCAGCUCAAAUGUAAUGGUCAAAACGAUUGUAAAAAUGGCGAAGACGAAAGUGAUUGCAAAUCAAAAACAUGUGGAACAAAAGAAUUUAAAUGUUUAAUCAGUGGGAAGUGUAUUCCCAAAGUAUUUAUUUGUGAUGGUGAAAACGAUUGUGGUAAAGAUGAUGAUUCAGAUGAGCAUCAGAAUUGCACAUUACGCACUUGUGCACCUGAUGAAUUACGUUGCAAUAGUGGUCGAUGUAUUCAUCAAACAUGGAAAUGUGAUGGAGAAAGAGAUUGUCCUGACAAUGAGGAUGAACCACCAUCUUGCUUCAACACUACCUGUGACCCUACAUAUUUUAAAUGUGCUAAUGGAAAAUGUAUUCCGGGACGCUGGCGAUGUGAUUAUGAAAAUGAUUGUGGUGAUAAAACUGAUGAAAUUGGAUGUUUAGCAAGAAAUUGUACAGAAUUUGAGUUUAGGUGUUCCGAUAGUCAAUGUAUAUCUGCUUCUCAAAGAUGUGAUGGAAAAUCCCAUUGCACUGACAAUAGUGAUGAAUAUGAUUGUGAAACAUUAAUGACUUGUAAUAAUGAUGAUUUUCGUUGUAAUGGUUCAUACCACUGUAUUUCUUCAAAAUGGCGAUGUGAUGGAGAUCAAGAUUGCCCUGAUGGUUCAGACGAGUGGAAUUGUACUGAUAAAUUAGGAAAAGGUUGCUCUAUCAAUCGUAGUGGUCAAUUUGUUUGUAACAAUGGUGAUUGUGUAUCUUUGGGUUCAAGAUGUGAUGGUGAAGAGGAUUGUUCUGAUGGUAGUGAUGAAAAUAGAACUAUGUGCGCAUUAGUAGCUUGUCCACCAGGAAAGUAUCGUUGUAAUAAUGAUAACUGUGUGUUCAACACAAAUAUUUGUGAUGGAAUAAAUCACUGCGGCGAUGGCUCUGAUGAAACAAAAACUGCUUGUAUGAUAGCCAGUCAAGUAUGUGAUGUUACUAAGUUUAAAUGUGAAAGUGGCCAAUGUAUUAACCGACGACUUCAUUGUAAUGGCCAUUAUGAUUGUAUUGAUGGAUCAGAUGAAUUGUUUUGUAAUAUAACUAAAUCACCAUGUCAAUUUGGUACAUGUUCUCAAAUUUGUGAACCCAAAAAAAACUUAACACAUUCUUGUCACUGUGCAUUUGGAUACAGUUUAUCUUUACCAAAUAAGUCAUGUCAAGCAAUUGGAGCACCAGCAUUAUUAGUUGUUGCUAGCAAUGAAGGAGAUAUUUACUACAUUGAUCCAUAUAAAUCGCAUGAAAAUUUUUUCAAGUAUUCAGCAGUUAUGUUACCAGCUCAUAAAAUGCAUUCAAUAGAUAUAAUGUGGUCAGCUAAUCUAUCUUAUCUAUUUUGGAGUGACCAUAACUCUAAAGCACUGUAUUCUACUGUUUUGGAAAAUCCAGUCAAAAAGUCUAUUCGAAUGACUCCCGAUAUUAAUACUACCAAAGCCGUUAUUCAAACAGUUGGUAGCCCAGAAAGUAUUGCUGUUGAUUGGGUGUCAAAGAAUUUAUAUUGGAUUGAAAUUUCUAUUCGUACUAAGAUUAUUAAAGUAGCAACAGUUGAAGGGAAAACUAUAAAAACAUUAAUUAAGUUGGAAUCUGAUCGAAAACCUCAGAAUAUUGUGUUAGAUCCUCAAUCUAGGUCAAUGUUUUGGUCUGAUCUUGGACGCAAACCUCAUAUUGAAAUAUGUUCAAUGGAUGGUCAUAACAGACGAGUAUUUGUUAGUGAUUCUAUUAGAAGUCCAGCUGGUUUGACAAUAGAUUAUGCUGCUCGUCGUUUAUAUUGGUUAGAUACAAAACCCUAUAUUAUAGAAUCAAUUUCAUUAGAUGGAAAAGGCCGUAAAAUUAUACAUAAGUUUUCUAAAGGUAAACAUCCAACAAAUAUUGAAUUAUUUGAAGAUUUUAUCUAUGUAACUCUCUUAACCACAAUUAUACGAAUUGAUAAAUUUGGAGACAAAAAUAUAACAACCUUGGCUAAAAAUAUUUUUAGAGCAACUGAUUUAGCUAUAAUGCAAGAAAAUAAAUAUCCCAAAAACAUUAUAAAUUUUUGUACUAUUAAUCCAUGUCAUCCAACGGCAUUGUGUACUUUAAGUCUUAAUCCAAAAAAUCGUACAUGUAUGUGUGCUGAUGAUCAAAUGGAAGUAUCUACUAUAAAUGAUAUAAAAUGUGUAGCUAAACAAACAGCAUCGAUUAUGUGUGAACCUCCAUGCUUAAUGGGGGUGUGCAUUUCUAAUGGAACAUCAUCUCUGGGUUAUUGCAAAUGUGAUCCAUUCUUUACAGGAAAUACAUGUGAUGUAUAUGCUUGUCAUGAAUUCUGUUUAAAUGAAGGAAUAUGUUAUGUAGAAACAGGAUUAACUUCAGAAAAUAACACAUUAACCAAAUGUAAAUGUUCUUCUAAAUGGUCUGGAGAUAGAUGUGACAUACCUAUAUCACAAAAUGGUUGCUCGGGUGAUUGCUUAAAUGGUGGCAAUUGUAUAGAUAAUGCUUGUGAUUGUCUCCCAGGAUUUACUGGUAAAAAUUGUGAAAAAUGUGUUAAUAUUGAUUGCAAAAAUGGUGGAGUUUGUAUAAAAUCUGAUUCUGGACUUGGGGAAUGUAAGUGUACCCAUGGAUAUAAAGGAAUAUCAUGUACUGAAACAGAUUGUGAUAAUUAUUGCGUACAGGGAACAUGUAUGUUAAAUAUUGAUGGACCUCAUUGUACAUGUCAUGAAGGUUACACAGGAACACGCUGUGAUCUUAUUAAAUGUAUAGAAAAUACAUGUUUGAAUGGAGGGUCCUGUUAUUUGAAAGAUAAUCAUACUGCUUGUCUGUGUCCACCUCAAUUCAAAGAUCCUAAUUGUCGAAUCAAUAUAUGUGAUUGUAAAUGUAAUGACAAUGACGAUUUAUGUCAAAUUUAUUGUCCUACUCGUAAAUACCCUAUGUGUCAACAUCAAUCUGAUGUAACAUCAAAUAUUUGUCAUCCAGAAAAGUGUAAAAAUGGUGGAGUUUGUGUUGUUGAAAAUAGUCUAGCUACAUGCAGAUGUGUUAGUCCAUGGGGCUCUUCUGAUUGUAGUAGUAUAAUAGUAGAUUCAAGCACAUGCUUAGGUUUUUGUUUCAAUGGAGGUUCAUGUUUUAUUGAAGCAGAUCAAGCAAAUUGUAUGUGCACUGUAGGAUGGACUGGUCAACGAUGUACUGAUCGUUUUACUUGUUCAAACUAUUGUCUAAAUGGAGGCAUAUGUGUUGAACCUCAAGAAUCUUCUGGAAAUCUUUUGUGCAAUUGUCGCAAAAAUUUUUCUGGAGAGAGAUGUCAAAAACAAUUAUUUGUUGAACACACACUACCAGAAUAUAAAAAUAAACAGAGCUUUAAUGCCCUUUGGAUAAUAUUCUUUAUCAUUAUAAUAUUAAUUUUAGUAACUUCGAUUACAUACUAUUUCACAAAACUGAGACGACGACGUUCAUUCUUGCAUGUGCGUAUGCAAGAAAAUAUUGAAGUGAACAAUCCAAUGUACAUACAAGAUGACAUAGAUGAAGAAGACUUACAUUUAGAUCGUGCUUUUCCUCUUCAAGAAAAACCUAGUGGAAACUUUGGCAAUCCAGUUUAUGAUUCAGUUUAUAAUGGAUGCAGUAGUACAUCUGUAAUUGGAAAUGAAGAAAGUAAAGGACUUCUUCAAAGUUCUGAUUUAACCAAAUCAAACAUUUCUCAUGAAACUAGCCAUGAUGAAUCAUAAAUUUAAAAUAUAUUUAGUGAGAAAUCUCAUAACGACUUAAGGAUUAAAAAAAUUUAAUAUCAUAAAACAUACAUCAGUAAUUCAUUAAGCUUUAUAAAAUACUUGGCCGACUAUUUAAUGAUCGUUUUGUUAUUUAUUGUUUGUUUUUUAUUAAAAUUGAUUCUACAAGUUCCUAUUUAAAAAAAAAAAGUUUGUUUUCAUGAUAAUCCAACAACUUAUAUGCUAUAAUAUUCAAUUAUAUGUAUUUUAAAUACUAUAAUUUAAAUAGACAAAAAAAACAUUAAGAAGGUAAUAACUGUUCUUUUUAAACUUAUUUGUUAAUAAUGAAACUAGAAAGUCUGUAUCACAUUAACAAAACGACACUAUCAUAUAAAAAAAUCAAUAUUGGUUAAUAUAACUAUAACUUAGACAAUAUUUUUACUUGUCACACAUAAAAUAAUCUAAUUUCAACUUAUUUUAAACUAUUAAAAACUUUUUUUUUUAAUUAUUAGUUUUAAAAUUAUCAGAAAAAUUUUUAUAUGAUAAAAUAAACAUAUAUAUCUAAAAAAAUAAAUUAAUAAUGUUACCUACCAAUCAUCAAUGAAUGAUAUUAUUUUAUUUAAAAUGCAAAAAUAAAUAUUUAUAUUAUGUAAAAAAAAAAAAACUGUGGACAGUUAAUUUACUAAAAUCUUAUUUAAAUUGUACUACAUUUGAAAUUUAAAAAAUAUUAGGCAUAUUAAUUAUGUGUAAAAUUUAUAAUUGCUCAUUUUUAAUUAACAUAUGGCAUUAAAUAAUUUAAUUGAAAACAAGAAAUUAAUAAAACUUUAUAUAACUUAAUUUUAAAAAAAUGUUUAUAUUAAUUAAUUUUUUAAUAAUCUAUGUAAUAAGCUCUUAAAUUAAUAAAAUGUUUUCUCUUUUGAUGGAAUUAAAAAUUACUUUGAUGGUUAUGAUAUCUAUUUAAAUGUAAAUUUAUAUACUCUCAUCAGAAGCCAAUUGGCCUCUAUUGUAAUUCUAACCUGAGUCACUAUGAUUAACGUAUUUAGGUUUGUAAAUUUUAUUGGAGCAUUAUAAAUAUUUUUGGAAUGAGCUAACCCACCACAAUUAUUGUGUCCUGAGAUGUUGGCUUCUAUGUCUACCCCUGACUCAUAUUAUUUUUUCAUUUGUUACUAUUAUAUCAUACUAUGUUUUUUAUCAUUUUAUGUGUAAACACGUUUUUUUUAUAUUUUUCUAAGAUAUUUUAUAAUAAAUAAUUUUGAAAUUAAUUAAAUUUUAGUAAAAAUAUUUAUUGUCAAUAAUACAAUAUCUAAAUUGAAUGAUUAAUUUCAAAAUUAAAAUUUUAAACCUUUUAUUACUUCAAGUAGCAAUGAACAAAUUUAUUCAAAUUAAUUUUAAAUUUAUAAAAUGAUUUUUAAAUGACUACUUAUUUUCUAAUGUUUUAUUUAUAUUAUUAACCAUAGGUCAUUAGUCUAAGUAUGUUAUUACUUAAGUUGUUGAAUCACAUAAAAUAAUUCAAAACAUUAUAUAAUAUCUAAGAUACAAAACAAAUUGCAUUCUAAUAAUAAAAUUAGUAUUACUUUGUAAAAAAGAUUGUAAUAAUUUUAUAACUAGUCCUAUAUGUUUACUUCUUGUGAUCAUUGAAUAAGAUUUUUUUACUUAUAAAUUUUAGAUUUUUUUUAUAUACCAAUUUGUAUAUGUUUUAAUAAUUAUUAUCAUUGAAAGCUAAGAUAAAAUGAAAAAAAAAUUGAAUUUUAACAAAAAAAUGUGCCAUAUUACGUAGAAAACUUAUUAGUUUUUGUAUAUAUUUAAUUAUGUAUAUUUAUCUUUAUUUGAGUAAUAAAGUUUUUAUUUCUAUUUUUUA